AUGGCUGAAGAGCCAGUACCCCUCGAAGUCCAAGAAGGACUGGAGCAGCCCGAGGCGCUUCCCGCAAAUGCAGAAGACCGCAAGGCCGCAAAGGCCAUGUCGAAGCUGGACACUCGUGGCGAGGAGGAGCCGGCGCAAAAGAAAGAGGUCGAUCUCAAGGCCCUGAACGAUGCCAUGAAGAAUCUCGACGUGGAGCAGAAGAAGAAGAAGGAGAAGCCUGCUGCGGUGAGGAAAGAGGAGGCGCCCAAGGCUUUGGUGAAGGUUGAUCCGGCCGAUGUGACACUUGUGAUGGAACAGCUGGACAUGUCCAAGAUCAAAGCUACCGAGUUGUUGAGGAAUCACGAUGCCGACGCUACAAAAGCCAUGACCGCUUGGGUCACGGCCGCUGUGUAG